CUAAGUUGUGAUCACAUGACCACACUGACCGUCGCUUAUCAACAGCGUCAACACAAACAUGGCGGAAAGAUAGAGUAAACACGACGCUACUUGAUUUGAAGAAAAUGGCAUAAAGGAAUUGACCUUAAUACCAGAGGAAGCAAGACGAAUAACAUACUGUCAUCUUUAUCACACAGCCAUGACUGGUAAUUUGAUGUUAAAGAAAAGUGCUUGACUAAAAUAUUAACAGUGAAAGAUGGAGAUAACAAAGUCCAGAACUGCUUUGGAGGGAGGGUAUAUGAGUGACACAGAUAGUGAUCUUGAGCUGGGAAUAGAUCAACAAGCAGAGGAUGGAGCAUCAUCAGAUUCAAGAGCAUCCUCUGCUGAAGAUGGUCAAGCAACAUCAAAGACACGGCUGAGAAAAGAAAGCAGAGGAGGUCGAUCAGCACACUCUGUGUCAUUUUCCAGCAAGUCUACUGCUCAUCGAGAGAUGGAGAAAAGGAUAGGCUUUGAUGGUCGAGAGGUCACUUUAGUUACCCUGGACACACAGACUGAUUGGGAUUGGCUGGAAGGUGCACAAAAGGCAGGAAAGGUGAAAGUCAUCACACCCAGUGAAGACAAAGCAAAAAGUGUCCUGAUCAAUGCAGAAAAGAUUGAUAGACCACAGCGGCUUUCCACAGGAACAUCACCUGGAAGUUUGAAGUCAAUACUUGUGAAACCUGACUCAAGAGAAACAGCUAGCAGACCAAGGACAGGGGGCACGACCAUAAGUUCCAUGGCAGAGAGUCGACCAGAGACAAACAUCACGCCCUUCUCUCUCCUACCCAAUGAUGAAUAUGGCAUUCCUCUACUGGACAUGAGCUCCACUUCAGAUGAUAGUUCAGAUGAGGAGAUGAGAAAAAGACCUCAAAAAGCUACAUUGCCCAGUGUAGGCCCACCACAAAUCCUGAAGUAUGUGAGAGAAUCUGAAAUGAAGGAGAUGGUGAUUCCAGAGUCCACGGCAACAACCCAUGCAGAGGAGGUGUUUUUUGAAGCAGGUGAAAUGGACUUUCCUGUUGAUGAAGAUGGGAAUCCUGCUGGAAUGUUCAGAGGUCCAUGCGAGUUUUGUGGCAAGAUGAUUCUACCUUUGCCAUCAAUGGAAAUGCAACAGUCACAGGACCCAGAGUCGCUGUAUUGCUGUGAGGAGUACUGUGAGUUUAUCCAGUUUGCUACAAGCACAGUCCUUCAGAUGGAGGAGGAAGCCCAGAAGGCAAACAAAAUUAUCAAUGUCAAGGUUCAUCCUCACCAUGGAUCCAAAAAGGCUCGAACAGCAGCCAAGGAGCGGGCAGUUGAGAGGAUGCGACAAAGAGAGCUUCAGCGAAGGCAGCAGGAGGCAGCUGGUUCUCAGGCCAACUUUUAUUCAGCUGGGGUGAAUAACGGAGCCCUACCUUCCAGCUUACCCGGUCGCCCCACCCAGACAACACUGAAACCCAAUAACACUGGGGUCGGUGGUGGGGCAAGGGUUGGUUUGUUCAAAGAUAUGGCAACCCCUGCAAGCUUCCGUGGACAAGCAAGCACGUCUGCCGCUGGAAAUGCCAGUCAUGGGCAUUUCACGUAUGGUGUAUCUCAUGAAGGACGUCAGAUGAAGACUAUCAACUAUCAGCUGUCCUCCCAGCGAUGCUUGGAAGAGGGAUGGACGUUGCGGCCUCCGACUCCUCCAGACUUUGAUGAAAGCGACAUUGAAGUUUUCAUCCCCGAGCCGCUCCAUCCAGCCGUCAUCGCUUCUGGCAAUAUUCGAGAGAGACAGAUCAUUGAAAAGUUCUAUCCUAGUGGAAACAAAUUUCUCACCAUUUUCCCGGAUGGCACCGGCAAUGUCUUCUAUCCGUCAGGUCACCUGGCCAUCAUGAUCACCAGCGUCAGCCUCGGGCGCUACUUCUUCAUCGUUCACGAUGAUGGUCCUGGCGGCUUAAUCCUAGCUGUCUUCGACCCUCAGGGUAUAGCAUCCGUGAACUUCGCGAACGGAAAAAUCAGGAUGUUUUAUGAUCAGAUCAAUGGCCUCGAGCUUGAUGUCCUCGGAGCCAAGAAGAAACGGUGGUUCUGGAAGGAUCCAGAUGUUCAUGUACACGCACCUCCCUUGCAGCCUCUGUGUAUGCGUCUCAACCAGAGUAACAGCAUCCGGGUCAUGACGCAGGAGUCGGUGGCACUGACCUUCAUGGCCAACAAGCGCAGCUGCCGCUUUCAACUUGGGAACAAAGCUAAAGCUUGUUGCGCCUGAACUUCUGCCACCCCGGGAAGCAGAUGAAUAUCAACUGUUCAUCAGUGAGCACACAGCCCGAAUAGAAUCCAUCUUCAACAAAGUGUCUGUGCUUCUCAAGUUUCCAAAGUCGCCCAAAGUGGACAAAAUCCUGCCGCCCAUUCACGUGACCUCUAAGCUGCAGCGCUCGGAGAAGAUGCGGAGGGACCUGGGGACGAGCCCUCGUGGCGCUGACGAGGGGAAGAAGUCAAAGGGCAAAGCUUCACUUUUACCUGCUGUGACAGUGACCUAGCAGCCUGAUGAAAAACAAACAACUUAUUUAUGUAGUCCAGGUGAAUUAAACUUUUCUCGGCGGGUGGUGCAAAUCUGUACUCACCCUGUCGUCCGAGACUGGUCAUACACCGAGUACAACGCGCUUACAAGUAGGGUAGCAUGACAGAAAACAUCACUCAGAGCGUAAAUGAAUGUUCUUUUAAAAUUUUGUUUGCAUUUAACACUGGUCUUCCUAAUUUGAAAUUCCCGUAGGAAGAUGCUCAGCGGUGGAGGAGGGAAGCAAACUGACAGUGAACAACGUUCACAUUCUUGCCUCCUGUCUUUUAUGAGGGGGCGCUACCCCCUGUUCCUUGCUUCCCCCCUGAUUCCUGCGCCUCUGUUAUUUAUUAUUAUUGCUGAAAAAAUAGUGCAUUUUCUUUUUGUGUUAGAAAUAAUUCCAGAUUGUGCAAUGGUACUCAGAAAUUUGAUGAGAAAUACACAUUUCAGGUUUCUUCUGUUAAAAGAAUUCAUCCGAACAAACAGAAAGUGCUAGAAGAGUUGUAAGUGGAUGAAAAUGAAGGUUGCUGCAAAUCAUCAUGUCUAUCUAUCUAUUCCUCUUCGUGCAUCAGGUUGCACAUAAGGCCUCAACCAGAGUCCGCCACCGAUGUCGAUCGGCUGAAACACGCUCUAGGUGACCCCAUGUCCAGCCCUUUCCUUUCAUCUC